AUGUCUCAAUUAAGUGAAAAGGACUCACGGUUUACUCCUAAAUCAUCAUCGACUCCUCCGAAAUCAUCAUCCUCUUCACCACAGAUCCAAUUAUCAGAAGAGCAAGAGAAUAUCAUAGAAUUAGCUAAAAAUGGUCAUAAUAUAUUCUAUACAGGUAGUGCAGGUACUGGUAAAUCGGUUCUGUUGAGAACUUUGAUCGAUGUGAUGAAAUCAAUUCAUGGGCCCGACAGAAUUGCAGUUACUGCUUCAACUGGAUUAGCCGCCUGCAAUAUUGGUGGGUAUACACUUCACUCCUUUGCAGGUAUUGGUUUAGGUGUAGGAGAUGUUAGUUCGUUGAUUAAUAGGGUUAAGCGUUCUAAAAAGCAUAGAGAUCGUUGGCAAACUAUUUCAGUUUUAAUUAUUGAUGAAAUUUCAAUGAUUGAUUCAAAAUUAUUAGAUAACUUGAAUCUAAUUGCACAGAAUAUAAGGAAAAAUAGAUCAAUAUUUGGUGGUAUUCAAUUGAUCUUCUGUGGUGAUUUCUUUCAACUACCUCCUGUAUCUACAAAUGGUAUUACGAAGUAUGCUUUUGAAGCGGAAUUUUGGAAAUCGACAUUUGAUGCUUCAAUUAAUUUGAAAACUGUAUUUAGACAAAAAGGUGAUUUAAAAUUUAUUGAAAUGUUAAAUAAACUACGUACUGGUAAAGUAGAUAAAGAAACUGAACUGGAGUUUAAAAAAUUAUCAAGAGACCUACCAGUAGAUGACAUUAUUCCUGCAGAAUUAUAUUCUACAAGAAACGAAGUUGAAGGUGCAAAUUAUUCAAGACUGCUGUCGUUACCAGGAAAUUCAUUCAGUUAUAAGGCAAUUGAUGGAGGUCAUUUAAAGGAUGAAAUGUUAAGAGAAAAGCUAUUACAAAACUUUUUAGCUCCAUUGGAUCUAAGAUUAAAAGUAGGUGCACAAGUCAUGAUGAUUAAAAAUGUAGAUGAAACUUUGGUAAAUGGUUCAUUAGGUAAAGUUAUAGCAUUCAUUGAUCAUGAUACUUAUGCAUUUUAUGAAACAAUCAUGAACAACUCAGAUUAUUCUUCCUUGGUUGAAUUAGAGGCCUAUAGGGAUAAUAUAAAUUUAUUAAUUCAACAAAGUCGUAAGAAAAUUGACGAUAAUAAUGAAAUGGUAAGGCAAAAAUUUUCAAAAGAACAAUUCUGUAAAACAGAAGAUGAAACUUCGACAGAUGAUCUUCGUGUUAAUGAAUUAGAUGAACUUUUCAAAACUUUCACUGAGCUUUGUACUAAACAUGACCAUAAUAAUAACCAAUAUCUCGAUUUGAAGAGGGAAAUAUUGGGUUUACUUUUGGAGAAUUCAAAUGGUCAAAGAAAACUUCCCUUAGUUAAUUUUAAAACCGCUAAUCUAACUGAUAGAUUAGUUCUUGUGGAACCAGAAGAUUGGGCUAUAGAAGAUGAUAAGGAGAAAGCCUUGGUAUCUAGAGUUCAAUUGCCUCUAAUAUUGGCUUGGUCACUGUCAAUUCAUAAAUCACAAGGCCAGACUCUACCCAAACUAAAGGUUGAUCUUAAAAGAGUAUUUGAGAAGGGGCAUGCUUAUGUUGCCUUAUCAAGAGCUGUUUCAAGAGAUGGAUUACAAGUUUUAAAUUUUAAUGUUUCGAAAAUUAAAAGUCAUGAUAAGGUUGUGACAUUUUAUUCAACACUGUCCACCUCAGAAGACGCUCUACGGAAAUGCUGUAAUCCAAAAGAGAAAAUGAAGCCAAAAAUUACAGCAUUUGGGGUAAAAUCUAAGACGAGUUCAACAUAUAAUUCUUAUUCUUAUUCAAAUAGAGUUGAAAAGAAUAACUCCACUAGAAAUAAGUCAAGUGGUGGUAUAAUUGCUAUGUUGCAGAAAAGAAAUUUAACCUCCCAAAAAUUAAAGAAAUAG